UAUGAAACUCGUGUGACUACAACAAUGGGAAGCGGAUGUUUUACGUUGAGUUUUAAUGUUGGUGCUGACUGGUGCAAUAUUCGUGUAUGUUCGAGCCCGCAUUCACUUCCAUUUCCCGUUAUAUUUUGCAUUAACGAGAAUUCGAAUGGCAUCAAACAACUCUAGGUCACCAAUUGAAAUCGACGGUUCUCUUCUUGAAGGAGGAGGCCAAAUAUUGAGAAAUGCUGCAGCCUUGAGUUGUGUGAGAUGCUGUCCCAUCAGAGUAUACAACAUAAGAGCUGGACGGAGCAAGCCAGGUCUUAGGCCGCAGCACCUGUCUGGCCUCGCGCUAAUAAAUGACAUUUGUGGUGGUCGGUUAGAGGGUGGAAAUGUUUCGUCACAGGACAUAGUAAUCCAUCCUGGUAAAGUGAAGUCUGGAUCAUACAUGGCUGAUCCUGGUACUGCUGGGAGCAUCUGUCUGCUGAUGCAGGCUGCUUUACCCUGUUUGUUAUACGGUCCUGCUGAGUCUCACCUGACUUUGAGGGGUGGUACCAAUGCUGAUAUGGCACCACAGGUCGACUACUACAACUAUAUAUUUCAACCCAUUGUUGCUCAGUUUGGAAUGAAGAUGGAUAUCAACAUUAAGAGAAGGGGUUACUUUCCAAAAGGUGGAGGGGAGGUAGAGAUCACUUCCUAUCCAGUAAAAUGUCUAAAGCCAGUGACAAUGAUGGAUGUUGGACAGGUGGUCAGGAUAUAUGGUCGUGCUUUUGUGGCAGGAGCUCUUCCUAUAAAGGUUGCAAGUAUAAUGCAGAAAUGUGCAAAGGAUUUUAUAUGUCAGGACUUCCCUAAUACGCCAAUUAACAUCGAUGUGGUGAAGGAGCCACAGCACAUGGCUAUUGGUACUGGUACUGGCAUCAUAGUAGUAGCGGAAACAUCAACAGGAUGUUUACUAGCAGGGUCGGCAUUAGGAAAGAAAGGAGUUCCCGCCGAGCAGGUGGGCAAGACAGCAGGUGAAGCUCUGCUCAAUAAUCUGUGUCAUGGAGGUUGUGUAGACGAAUUUCUACAGGACCAGCUAAUACUUCUGAUGGCUUUGGCAAAAGGAAAGUCCCAGAUAAAGUGUGGACCUUUGUCUCUACACACAGAAACUGCCAUACACAUAGCAAAACUUCUAACCAAUGCAAAGUUUGAUGUGAAAGAACUAUCAAAGACUUCAACUAUUAUAGAAUGUGAAGGAAUAGGACUGGAAAAUAUGCAAUUAUGACAGUGCUACUUGUAUUGAAACAACAGUUUUUUUCUCGAUUUGUACGGUUUCGUGUAAUGAUCCCAGCCUUCUGAUGAGUAGUGGCUAGUUUAUCUACUCCAGAUGUGAUAGGGCCUGGGGCCUGCCUCUGUAGACUCGCACGUGUUACUGUCAGUGGACAAGCAUUGAAAGUCCACCAAUGCUUCAUGAAAACUAUUGGAAAACUUGGUCUAUACUUGUUAUUUCCCAGCCAGUACUUACUGAAGAAUAAAGGGAGUGUUCGUCCGGUUAAAAAUAUAGGGUACAUUCAUCCGGUUAAAAAUAUAGGGUUCAUACAUCCAGUUGAAAAUAUAGGGUGCGUUCAUCUGGUUGAAAAUAUAAGGUACAUACAUCAGGUUAAAAAUAAAGGGUGCCUUCAUCUGGUUGAAAAUAUAGGGUACAUACAUCCGUUAAGAAUAUAGGUUUAUGCUUAUUUGGUUAAUGAACAAUUCUGUUCAGAUAACUGUGGCACUAACCCUGGAGUGGAAAAUAUUAUAUUGCUGCUGAAUCCACAAUUUCGACAUAAUUUGUAAUUUACAUACAGUAUUUCAGUAUACUGCUGUUAUAGCUACCUCAAAAUCGCAAUGGACAACUUGAUAGUAAAUGAAUAAGAAAAGAAAAAAAACUACAUGUCAGGAAUAGAAACAAAAAUAAAGAAACACCAAAACGAAAGGAUUGAAUUUAUGUACACCAUGAAAAAAUUGAAAGAAAUAGAAUAUAGCGUAGAGGGCGUGCGAAGAAUUGACUUGCCUGUAUUGUGUAUGGUACUCAUUUAUAGUGCAAAUUAGUGAAGCAUUUUUAAAAUAGAAAGUAGUACUGCUUUAUUAACCAUGCAGCAUUAUCAUUUUGGCUGUAGUUUGACUUGAAACCCAGCUUUAGAAUUGCUUACCUAGACUAUCAACUCUUGUUCGAUACUGAUACAUUGGGGUGUAUUUUGAGCUUUGUACUAGAAAUGUGAUGAAUACGUAUUUUAUAAAUUAUAAAUUGAUGCUUUUCUACAUUUAGUUAACACGAUCAAUAUAAGGUUUUCCAUACUAUUAUUUUUUUAUUUUUAUCCUUUACACUGUAAGCACUAAUGUAUUUUAAAGUUCCCUUUUAAUAUUCUAAAGGAAAAUUACACUUUAAGUGUUAAUGGUGCUACAUAAUGAUUCUGCACAGAAGACAAUAGUAAAACCAACUAAAAAAUCACAUUUGCUCCUGUGGUGCUAUGUCUGAUUACAAUUUUAAAAUGAAUUAAUACUAUUGCAGCUAACAUUUGGAUGUUGUUCAAGGUCGGUUACAGGAUUUUCAGUUCGUGCGCCCCCCCACGACCCCCGUUAAAUCCGCCAGUGCUGUCACGAUUUUCAUAGCAUCUUGGAUUUCGGAUGCCUCUCUCUGGCUUCUGAUGCAUUUCUCCAUUCCUGUCGAUGCCUCCUUCUUUCAGAAGUAUUGAUUUGAUAUCAAUAUAGAGGUCGUCAUUCGCCCGUUUUGUAAUUCUAUUUAUUGCAAUAAAUAUCACGUAAUAAAUUCAA